AUAUCUAAAUUAUCUUUUGAUCCCAAUUCCAAUCAAGCAUUCCAUUUGCAAUGUAUUUAUUGAUCCCAAACAAUACAAUAUUCAUUGAAGUAAAGAAAAUCUGUUGAUCCAUAGUUAUUUAUGGCGUUAAAUAAUCUUUUUCUUGUUGCUAGUUUUGUGCUGAUUUUUGAUAUUAUCAUUGAAGCUGCUUCCAUAUUCACCGACGGUUUUAAUCCGCCCCUCAACCGGAGCAGUUUUCCUGACGGUUUCAUUUUUGGUACAGCAUCAUCAGCUUAUCAGUUUGAAGGUGCAGCAAAUGUUGGUGGCAGAGGACCAAGUAUAUGGGAUACUUAUACUCAUAAUUAUCCAGAAAAGAUAUUGGAUAGAAGUAGCGGAGACGUAGCCAUCGAUGAAUAUCAUCGAUAUAAGGAAGAUGUUGAGAUCAUGAAGGAUAUAAACAUGGAUGCUUAUAGAUUCUCCAUCUCUUGGUCAAGAAUAUUGCCAAAAGGAAAGCUUAGUAGAGGUGUCAACAUGGAAGGGAUUAAUUAUUACAACAAUCUCAUCAAUGAACUUCUAGACAAAGGAAUUCAGCCGUUUGUGACCCUUUUUCAUUGGGAUCUUCCUCAAACACUUGAUGACGAAUAUGGUGGAUUUUUAAGUCAUAAUAUAGUGAAUGAUUUUCGAGAUUAUGCAGAGCUUUGUUUUAAGGAAUUUGGAGACAGAGUGAAACAUUGGAUUACAUUGAACGAGCCAUGGACUUUUAGCAAAUAUGGUUAUGCUGAUGGAAGGUCAGCACCUGGACGAUGUUCACCAUGGCAAAACCAAAAUUGCAACAGUGGUGAUUCGGCCAUUGAACCCUAUAUCGUUGCUCACAAUGAGUUACUUGCUCAUGCAACUGCUGUCAAAGUCUACAAGACCAAGUAUCAGGCAUCUCAAAUGGGUAUAAUAGGGAUAACACUGUCGUGUGACUGGAUGGUGCCACUCCAUGAUACAGAAUCGGAUCAUCGCGCGGCUCAACGAGCCGUUGAUUUCAUACUUGGAUGGUUUAUAGAGCCAUUGACAAUAGGAGACUAUCCAAGUUCCAUGAAGUCUUUGGUAGGAAGUCGAUUACCAAAGUUCUCUAAACAUGAAACCAAGCUUGUAAGAUGUUCCUUUGAUUUUCUUGGAUUAAACUAUUACACUUCAAAUUAUGCUACAGAUGCACCUGAACUAAGUGAUGCUAGGCCUAGCUUGCUCACUGAUUCUCAAGUUACUAUUACAAGGGAACGAAAUGGAAAACCUAUUGGGCCAAUGACUUCUUCAAUAUGGAUGUCAGUUUAUCCAAAGGGAAUUCAUGACCUGUUGCUCUAUACUAAAACAAAGUACAACAAUCCUUUGAUCUACAUAACUGAAAAUGGUAUAGAUGAGUUAAAUGAUCCAACACUCUCACUUGAAGAAGCCCUUGCAGAUACACCCAGGAUUGAUUACUAUUAUAAUCAUUUGUAUUAUCUUCAAACCGCAAUCAGAGACGGUGUGAAUGUAAAAGGAUAUUUUGCAUGGUCAUUGUUUGAUGACUUCGAAUGGAUAUUAGGCUAUAGGGUGAGGACUGGAAUAAACUUUGUAGAUUAUAAAAAUGGUCUUAAAAGAUAUCCAAAAAUAUCAGCCAUCUGGUUCCGGAAUUUCCUACAAAGGAAUAAAGUUAACUAUGAUGAUUUGCGCUAAGAAAUGAACUUAAUUUGUAUCCUAAAUAUGAUUGCAAUGAGCAAUACUGUUCAAUGUCAAAUUUGGCCUAAUGUGUAUGAUACAUUGUCUCAAGAUCUAGAUUCAUUAAAAGGAUAUAAGUUGAUUUUGUAAAGAUGAAGAAAUAAAAGUCCAAUUUAGAUAGAUUAGGCGAGAAGAAAGCUUGAAAGAAUUGAAAAAACUGAAUAAUAAUAAGUAUGAUACAUUGCACAUGAUAAGAAGCAUUUAUUAAUCUUCUUUUUAUUUCAAA